AUGGAGAGUGCUAAUAUCGUGCCGAAGGAAGAGUCGGUUGAAGCGGAGGCACCCGGCGAGACCGCAGCGGAAAAUGUGCAAGUCAAGCAGGAAGUCACCAGCAGCCCGUCUCCGACGAACACCAAAGGCACGUGUCAUCGGUUGCAUGCGGAGGUGAAGGAGAGGAAGAAACCGGUCGCGGCUGCGAAGGCGAAGAAGGGGAAGAAGAAGAAGCAGAUUCGUGAUAUGAAUGCUCCGAAGCAAGCACUCUCAGGAUAUUUUCGUUUCCUGAAUGAUAAUCGAGAUCGAGUACGUACCCAGAACCAAGGGGCCAGCUUCUCGGACAUCACACGAAUCUUGGCUGGGGAAUGGACUCAUCUACCAGCUCCAGAGAAGCAGAAAUACCUGGAUGCAGCGGAGGCAGACAAGGAGAGAUACCAGAAGGAAAUGGAGGAGUACAAGCGGUCUGAGGCUUACAAGGUGAUGAUGAAGAAGAAAAAGAAGCAGGGUGUGAAGUCCAAGCAUCCUUUUGGACAGGUCAAUGAGAAAUACCUGGAUGCAGCGGAGGCAGACAAGGAGAGAUACCAGAAGGAAAUGGAGGAGUACAAGCGGUCUGAGGCUUACAAGGUGAUGAUGAAGAAGAAAAAGAAGCAGGGUGUCAAGUCCAAGCAUCCUUUUGGACAGGUCAAUGAGGACGCAGGUAGUGAACCUCCACCAAAGAAGACGGGAGUGAUUGGAUUCCCGGGAUUUGACAUUCCCAUCUUCACUGAAGAGUUUCUGGAUCACAAUAAAGCCCAAGAGACAGAGCUGAGAAAGCUGCGCAGGGUAGUGGCAGAAUACGAGGAGCAGAAUGCAAUUCUGCAGCGCCACAUAGAGCAGCUGACAGGAGCCAUUGAACAAUUGGAAUCAGAAGUAAAUGAAAAGAAACAGAAUGCAACUCAGGUUCAGCAGUAUCUUUCGUCGCUGCGCACUAAUCUCGUCUCUGCAUUCGGCUCCAUUCGACUUCCUGGAAGUAAUGAACUGCCAAUGAUGGACUCAAUCGAUGGAUACAUGAUUCGCCUACAGAAUCUCCUCUCCAGUUCCCAGCAGCAUCAGGACCUGGCCAAAGAGGUCCGCAACAUCAUAUCCACUAUUGAUAUGACCCUGGAAGCAAUCAAGUAUAAGGAUGGCAAGCUGGAAAUCUUGAACCAGUUGGCCUUGCCUGAAAAGUCAGAGUAUAUUAGCAUCCAGUCUGUGGAGGAUGCUUGGGAUGCCAUUCAUUCCAUGAAGGUACGAGGAGCACCAGCAAUAGCCAUAGUAGGAUGCCUGGGACUCCUGGUUGAAGUGCUGCAGAAAGAUUUUACAAGUAUCGAUGAAGCCAUAAAAUGGGUAAAAGAAUCUCUGGAUCAUCUGGUUGCAGCUCGUCCAACAGCUGUCAAUAUGAGCAAGGCAGCCAGUCAUCUACGGACAGCUGUACAGCAGUGGGAAUUUAAAUCAGUCCAGAAUUGGAAAGCCAGGCUACAGAUGGAGAUAGAGGGGAUGUUGGAGAAGGACUUGGAUGACAACAAGCAGAUUGGAGAACAUGGAGCUGAUGAGAUUCUCGAGAAUUUUCUUCCCAGUGAGGGGAAAGUUUCCAUCCUCACUCACUGCAAUACAGGAUCUCUUGCCACAUCUGGAUACGGCACAGCUCUGGGUGUCAUCCGCUCGCUCUUUUCACGAGGGAAAAUCGACAGAGUGUACUGCACAGAAACAAGACCUUAUAACCAGGGAGCUCGGCUGACAGCCUACGAACUCGUCCAUGAUGGGAUUCCAGCCAGUCUGAUUUGUGACAGCAUGGCAGGAGCCCUCUUGGCUCAGGGCAAGGUAACUGCCAUCAUUACAGGUGCUGAUCGUGUCACAGCCAAUGGGGAUACUGCUAACAAAAUUGGAACAUAUCAGUUGGCAGUUUUGGCAAGGCAUCAUAAUAUUCCUUUCUACAUUGCUGCACCAUUCACAUCUAUUGAUGCAACUAUUCCUGAUGGCUCACAUAUCCCAAUUGAGCAGAGGCCAGCAGCAGAACUCACACACAUCAAAGGCUCUCGCAUUGCUGCUCCUGGAAUUGAGGUAUGGAACCCCGCAUUUGAUGUUACACCAGCUGAUCUCAUCACAGGUAUCAUCACAGAGCAGGGAGUCUUUUCACCACACUCACUACCUCUUUGAAGAUCUGGCUUUCAUUCUCCAUGAUUGAUGUCUGAUAUGAAUUAGAGAUUAUGAAUCACCU